GUGUUUGCUCGUCAAGGCAGACGGAAGCAGCAGCUUCAGCUUCCGACAUACGCGCGUGCCUCUGUGAUUCGCGAUUCCUCUAUCUAACAGUAUUCGAGAUUGUGUGAACAUUUCGAUGUUUUUGUAAUCGGGAGCAAAAGCAAAAGGUUUUGUGAGAUUCCGCUAGCUAACGGUACACACUGGCCAACGAUAAAUGUUACGCGCCUUAAAAAAAACACACAGCACCAGAGACUAACUAGCGAAUGAGUGUUUGUGCUAGUGCGCGUGUGUAUGCGUUUGUGUAUGUGUAUGUGUUCGCGUUUGUGUUCUGAAAUUGACUAGACAUAUGGUUAAAUUUACGAUCGAAUAAAUGAAUGCUAGAUUAUUAAUAUUACGUAGAGCGCACCUAAAUACACACCUCAAGACCGCAGAAGAGCCGCAAGACUUAAUAGAAAUAAUCUACAAAAUACCACGAAAAUAAACAAAUCAAAUAAUCACAAUGCGACGGCAACCUUUGGUGAUCUUUUUGCUGCUCAGCUGUGCGCAGUUGCAGGCAGAGAUUGCUCAUUCACCAUUGAUCAGCAAUCGCAUCAGUCCAGCUUCCUCACAGGAGACACAUGCCGCGAUCUCUGCAGUUUGCCCCCAGCGUUUGGCCUACGAGAAAAUGGUGAACAGCAUUGACGAUGUGGAGGAUCUGUAUGUGGAUGUGCCCGUCCACAUUGCCCUUGAGCAGAGGCAGAGGAAACGAUUCGCGCUGAAGUUAAACAACUCAACACCGCUGACGAUUCUGUUCUCGUUGCCUGUGGCACGUCAGCUUUACUACAAUCAAACAGCGAACGUCUUGCGACUUGCAACGCCCGCCAAGGGACCCGGCAUCGCCAUGGGCCGUUUGGUCCUCCCCUGUGCCCUUCGUGGCCAAUACGAUUUGUUUGUGCAGGCACGACAAGGCGGCGCUCUGAAGCUGGAGGCACAGGCCAAGCAUCCGCAGUCAUCGGCGAUGCUCAAUCACUCACAUCGCAUCGCCAUCCGCACUCAGAAUCGGGUGCGAAAACGUCAGUUGAUUGUUAAAUGGGAGCGUAGCAAAUUCGAUUACCAUGCAAUGCACUAUUGCUUGGUGGUUCAACAAGUUGGCACCGGGGAAGUCAACGACUUUGCCACCUUCUGCGAGGCAAUUUAUGCCUACACUCAACAACAUCAGCAGACAAAUUCGAGAGCUGCUUCUGCUCCCUGCUCGGGAGCCAGCAACAUGUUCGACUUGGUCUGGUCGCGAGCACCGAAGCGAGCUCGUCAUCUUAAUCCACGGCACAACCUGCACAUCGUGUGCACCGGAGCAAGGACGCAGCAACAACUUCGCGGACUUCAGCCCAACAGCAGCUAUCGACUGCAGAUCUUCGGCGUGGAUCAGCGGCUCCAGAACAUGACAUUACCCUUGGCCAGCACUCAGGUGCACUUCAAUCGCACCAACCCAACGGCACUAAGGGAGCAGAAUCUCUCUCUGCUUAAAAUUGGCGGAUUGCAUGGCGUUCAGGUGUACAGCUUUAAGGUGCCCACGACCACGCCUCCUCCGCCUUUUAUGCGCUAUCUGCUGUUGCCUUGUGCUGGAAGCGAGAUACGUGUGAAGCUGCUGCAUCACCAUAAAGAGGUCGCCAAUCUGGGCAACAUCUAUGCGCCCACCUAUAUCAAGCAAGAGGGCAUCAAACCCGGUCAACGAUAUCUCAUGCGAUUCGAGCCCAACAACGAGGACGAAGCGUUGAGGGCACAGAAAGUGCGCUUGGCUCUGAGCAGCGAGCGUCUAUUUCGAGAUCUCCCGGAACUGCCCAAGAACGUAACCGUAUUCAACGUGCGCACUCGCUGCACCAGCGCAACAUUAGCCUGGAACAGCUCUCCGGAUGAGCGCGCUCUGAGUUAUUGCGUGAUUGUCUUUAGUCUGCCGCAGCGAAGCGGUGUGGAAUACACAAAUUAUUGUAUGGACUUUGGAGCACUGCGAAUAACGCAGCACAAGAAUUUCAAGUUUAUACGCUGUCGCGAAAAGCAGCCCAGUCCAAACGAUAAGCUGGAAAUGGAGACGAUAUUCGGUUUAACGCCUGGCGAUAGCUAUUUGAUCUAUGUGACUGCCAACCUGAGUAUGGGCAAGCCGUUGCCUUAUCAGACGCUAACGGUGCACAUGGGCAGCCAGUGCGUGGACUUGGAGUCGCAGGAGCAGCCCGAGUACUACUAGGCGUAUGCGCAAUACGCUGCGAUACGCUGUCGAAGAAAGCAUUUGUCAAAGCAAGAAAUUAUCCGUCGUUGUAAAGCUACCUAAUCCACUCAACUACCAUAAACUGAAAACAAAAAGUAAAUCGAAAAAUCUAUCUAAAUACCAUAA